CGGCGCGCGCCGGGGCCGCUCGUGGUGAUGGCCUCGUUCGUGACGGAAGUCCUGGCGCACUCGGGCCGGCUGGAGAAGGAGGAUCUGGGCACCCGCAUCGGCCGGCUGACGCGGCGGGUGGACGAGGUCAAGGGUGAGGUGUGCAGUAUGAUCAGCAAGAAGUACAGUGAAUUCUUGCCUAGCAUGCAGAGUGCACAGGACCUGGUUGCCCAAGUGGAUAAGCUGUCUGAUGACAUUGACCUCCUGAAAUCCAGGAUAGAGAGUGAGGUCCGGCAGGAUCUUCGUGUAUCAACUGCUGAGUUUACAGACUUGAAGCGACAGUUGGAAAGAGACUCAGUCGUCCUGAGUUUGCUUAAACAGCUCCAAGAGUUUUCUACUGCUAUUGAAGAAUAUAACUGUGCAUUAACAGAGAAGGAGUAUGUCACUGCAGCUCGGUGUCUGGAAAAGGCACAGAAAGGCUUGACGUUAUUAAAAUCCAGAAAAUGCUUUGAUUUAAAAAUGUUGAAGUCUCUCAGCACGGAGCUCACGAUACAGAAACAGAAUAUGCUUUAUCACCUUGGAGAAGAGUGGCAGAAGCUGAUUGUAUGGAAGUUGCCGCCAUCAAAAGAUACCAGCAACUUGGAAUCUUGCCUACAAACAGAACUUCACUUAUGCACUGAACAGUCUCAGAAAGAAGAGAAGACCCCUGUGCCCCCAGUCAGCUCUGUCCUGUUGGCAUUUUUUAUCCUUGGGGAGCUACAUACGAAGCUUAAAUCGUUUGGCCAAAUGCUGCUGAAGUAUAUCCUCAGGCCCCUGGCUUCUUGUGUGCCCCUCUGUGCUGUGGUGGAAAGCCAGUCUAACACCGUUACCAUUAGUUUUGAAUCUGUGAUGUCUGACUUGGAGCAUCCAUCGCCAUCUGAAGUUUUUGCAAAAAUCAAGCUGGUACUGGAAGUGCUGCAGAAACAGCUCCUAGAUUUGCCUCUUGAUGAUGCUGACCUAGAAACGGAAAAAACACCCAAGAUCAUACUGGCUGAGAUGUUUGGUGACAUCAUCUGGGAGGACUUGUCUGAGUGCCUCAUUAAAAACUGCUUGGUUUAUUCUAUCCCAACGAGCAGCAGCAAGUUGCAGCAGUACGAAGAGAUCAUACAGUCCACCGAAGAAUUUGAAAAUGCCCUAAAAGAGAUGAAGUUUUUAAAAGGAGAUACUACUAACUUGCUGAAAUAUGCCCGUAACAUCAAUUCUCAUUUUGCUAACAAGAAGUGUCAGGAUGUGAUUGUAGCAGCCAGAAACUUAAUGACCUCUGAAAUUCACAACACUGUGAAGAUUGCUCCUGAUGCCCAGAUAUGUGUGCCGGACUUGCCCAGUGCUGACCAGGGUGACAAGCUACAAGUACAGAAAAUGUGCACAGCUCAGUACAGCGAAGUCGUGGAUUUAGAGCCCGAAAGUACACUGGACCAGCAUUCCUUUUCUCUGCCCACAUGCCGCAUCAGUGAGUCUGUGAAGCAGUUAAUGGAACUUGCCUAUCAGACUUUAUUGGAGGCAACAACCAGCAGUGAUCAGUGUGCUGUUCAGCUUUUCUACUCAGUGAGGAAUAUCUUCCAUUUGUUCCAUGAUGUUGUGCCAACAUAUCACAGGGAGAACCUCCAGAAACUGCCCCAGUUGGCUGCCCUUCACCACAACAACUGCAUGUAUAUCGCUCACCACCUGCUGACCCUAGGCCAUCAGUUUAGCCUGCGUCUCGCGCCCGUUCUUUGCGCUGGCGCUGCUACUUUCGUGGACCUCGUACCUGGCUUCAGGAGACUCGGGACCGAGUGUUUCUUGGCCCAGCUGCGGGCACAGAAAGGAGAGCUUCUGGAAAGAUUGUCAAGUGCUGGGAACUUUGCAAACAUGGAUGAUGAAGAGAACUACUCCGCAGCAAACAAAGCAGUCCGGCAGGUGCUGCACCAACUCAGGAGACUCGGAGUUGUGUGGCAGGAUGUCUUGCCAGUGACUAUAUACUGCAAGGCCCUGGGCACUCUGCUCAGUACGGCGAUUUCUGAGAUCAUAGGCAGAGUCACCGCCCUCGAGGACAUCUCUACUAAAGAUGGCGAUCGACUGUACUCCUUAUGCAAAAUAGUGAUGGAUGAAGGGCCGCUCGUGUUUGUACCUCUAGCUGAAGAGAGCAGAAACAGGAAGUACCAAGAGGAGGUUGCAGUCUACGUUCCGAAGUGGAUGCCGUUCCAGGAACUGCUGCUGCUGCUGAGAGCCGGCCUGCGAGAGAUCGGGGACCGGUGGGCUGAUGGAAAAGGACCCUUGGCAGCUGCGUUCUCUUCCAGCGAAGUAAAAGCUUUAAUUCGUGCCUUGUUCCAGAACACGGAAAGAAGGGCGGCUGCGCUCGCUAAGAUUAAAUAGCUCCGCCUUCCUAAGACAGCGUGUCGUGCUCAUGUGGGUUCCUUUCUUGGCGUGGUCAUGCCUUUAAAGAUCCUGGAUCCCCCUUUUGGCUUUGGCGAGCCAUUGUGUCAUAAAAGUUUGCUUUCACCUGAGAACGCCUUACCUCCUUGCCUGCGAGGCUUUGUUGGCCUGGAUCUAAAGAUGAGCUGUCAAGUGAAGCACCCCAGUUUGUUGACCUUCUAGUCACCCUCCCUUGCCUAGAAGCUGUGGGGCAGCGUUGUUUCACUGCUGCCCGGGCCCUCUGGGAGCCCUACCCGUUGUGAACAAGGCCCUGGCCUUGGGUCAAGGAGUCUGGGGGAUCCGGCAGACAGGGUUCGGAGCUUGUGAGCAAAUGGAUAUAUUUUGGGGGAUAGAAGAACCAUAUUUAGCCUUGCAUGAAUUAAGGAGACUUCCUUGAAUAUUUCUUUCCAAUAAAUAGUUUUUUCAGA